ACCCGCUCAAGCUGAACGUGAAGGCUUGAAGUUUGCAAUAUCAGCAGAUGAACGGACUACAAGAGGUUUGAGCAGGGGAAAGGACGUCAGACAGUCUGACUGCAAUCGAGUAAACUGUUUGUUCCCAAAUGGGAUCGAUCAUCGCCGACGGUCUCCUGCUCAAAUUGCGUGGAGCAAUGCAGAUUGCGCGGAGAGCUGAAGAGUUGGGCAUCGAGAAAGAGACGGAGUCCAAAGCGUCUUCGGCUUUUGCACUGCUGGAGUUGGAAGGAGCAUCACACGUCGCGAGAUCAAGUUCCAUGCGGCAGUCUCAACAUGAGGACGAGGCAGGUGGAGCAGCUGUCAAAGUCCGAUCGUAUUCUCCGGCUGAUCUAUCAUCGAGCAACCCUCUCAUCCUCCAAGCAAACGAUAUAUGAGAGAUCCAAGCGAGUGAUCCUCCUCCAAGCCACCAAGCAGUACCCUCAUCAUCCAGCAGCGCUGGCCAAACCUCCGAGCCACCUUCUCAUGACUCCAGAUCGGUCUCCUUCACAGCGGCGAAACCGCC